AUGUCGUCUGCCGUCGUUGGUUUUGAUGUUGGUAGUCUCACUAGCUUUGUCGGAGCAGCGAAAGGUGGUGGAAUCGAGAUAUUAGCUAAUGAAGUUAAAGUUAAUGGCGAACCUAUGGUUCUUCUUCCGGAACAAGUCCUCGCCAUGCAUUUGCACAAACUUGCUCUGGUUACUGAAUCCAACCUUGGUACGAAGGUCGUGGAUGUUGUUUUAAGUGUUCCUUCCUACUAUACGGAUCGUGAACGUAAUGCAUUCCUCGACGCUGCGAGGAUAGCUGGACUAAAUUGUAUGAGGCUGGUGAACGAAACAACUGCAAUUCGUGAAUUCUCCAUUGUUGAUGCCUGUCCUUACUCAAUUUCACUUCAUUGGAAACCCACAGACGGUGUGGUGGAAGUUGAAAGAGACGAGGAUGCCGGUGAAGUUGCAAAGGACAACUCAUGUGAGAUCUUCAAGCAUCUGUCCAGCGUCCCUGCCUCAAAAAAACUCACAUUCUAUCGAAAGAGUGAUUUUGCUCUGACAGCUAGCUACUCCCAUCCGGAGGGAUUGCACAUCGGUGAUUCUCGGAUCGGAUCGUUUCUAAUUAAGGACAUUGUUCCCACUCCACCGGAUAAUUGUUGUCAGGUGAGGAUCAAAGCUCGCGUAAAUUCAAACGGCAUUUUCACGAUCUGCAACGCAUGUGUCAUGGAGCGGGUAGAGAAGGAAGUUGAGGUUGCAAUUGAGGACCCAAAACCAGAGGCUUCUACUGUUGCAAACGCCAUUGAAACUGACAUGGAAACUGAGACACAGCCGCCGAACACGGAAGGUGCUGUAGAACAGCCACCCACAGGUGGUGCUGCAUCCAGUACAACUGAGACGGCUGUUGCUAAUCAAUCACCCUCACAACCUAAGACGAGGAUGGAGAAGAAGAUCGUUCUCCGUCCCCGUGAUGUUGCAGUCGAGGCAACGACUUUACAGCUACCUCACGCCCAAUUGGUUGAGUUUACCGAGUUUCAAUGUGAACUUAUUUUGUAUUCUAAUGUUCAAACAUAUUCUAUCCAAAUGAUGGAUUUUUGGUCAGUAGAAAAUUGA